GCGGAGGCGAGGCUGGGGGCGGGGCCUGUGACGCGACCUGUGGCACCGCCCAUUGUGCCGUGGCGCGGGCGACGCGCUUCUGAGCCUCGCAGUGGGCGGGGCGGCUUAGCGCCGUCGCCUGCUUCGCCGCCAUGGACCUAGGACCCUUGAAUAUCUGUGAGGAAAUGACCAUUCUGCAUGGGGGCUUUUUGCUGGCUGAGCAGCUGUUCCACCCCAAAGCACUGGUGCAGUUGACAAAGUCUGACUGGGAACAUGUGGGGCAGCCCAUUGUGGAGGCCUUGAGGGAGAUCUCCUCAGCCACAGCACAUUCCCAGCCAUUUGCCUGGAAGAAGAAAGCACUGAUCAUUAUCUGGGCCAAGGUCCUUCUGCCCUCCCCUGUUACUCCUUCUGACACUGAAACUCGGUGGCAGGAAGAUGUGUUUUUCUCUGUGGGCAACAUGAUCCCUACCAUCAAUCACACAGUCCUUUUUGAGCUACUCAAGUCUCUGGAAGCUUCUGGACUCUUCAUUCAACUCCUCAUGGCCCUGCCUACCACCAUUUGCCGCUCAGAACUACAGCACUUUUUGGAGCACAUGACUAUUGAUACUUCUUCCAAGGAUGUGGCCUUCUUUCUGAAUGUCUGGUGGGAAAUGAUGAAGCAUAAGGGUAACCAGCAGGACCCCUUGCUUUCCCAGUUCAGGAUGAUGGCUUAUAAAUACUUGCCAUCUUCAGAUGAGUUCUCCCACCCUCCAAAGAGGUUCAAGUCUGACCCGGAUGUGGGUCCGACCAUGCCACUAUUAGCCAUGCUGCUUAAUGGGCUGAAGCAAAUGCAGAAGAGAAUCCUGUGCCUUGGGAUGAAGUGCUGUGCCUUAGCUAACUUGGCUGACAUGCUGAGCGUGUUUGCGCUAAUGGAGGACGAUCCCCAGGAAGUGUCUGCCACCAUGUAUCUAGACAAACUGGCCACAGUGAUCUCUGUAUGGAAUUCGGACACCCAAAACCCAUAUCAUCAGCACGCCCUUGCAGAGAAGGUGAAGGAGGCAGAGCGGGACAUAAGCCUCACCUCUCUGGCCAAACUCCCCAGUGAGACUGUUUUCAUGGGGUUUGAGCUCAUGCACAACCUGCUGCAGGAGUGGGGCUCAGAGUUGCAGGCCAUGCUCAACAACAACCAGGGGACCAAUUAUGACAGCUACCGGCUGUAUGACAGUCUAACUUCCUUCUGCCAGAACUUGAAUCUCUAUCUGGAUACUGCCAGCGUGUCCAAGGAGGAGAGGCAGGUGAUCUCUGAACUGGCUGAGCAUGUCAGGGACUUCCUGAAGAAAACCAACAGGGCGCUGAACAACAAGGGCCUUGAGGACAUCACUGCCUCUAUUGCCAUGGCCAUCAUUGAGCAGAAGAUGGACCGGCACAUGGAAAUGUGCUAUAUUUUUGCUUCUGAGAAGAAGUGGGCCUUCUCAGAUGAGUGGGUGGCCUGCCUGGUUAACAACAGGUCUCUCUUCAGAGAACCAGACUUGGUCUUGAGUCUGCUGGAAAUGGUGAUAGAUGUCAUUGCCACUGACAGGGUCAUCCCCCAGUCUCAGAUCAAGCAGGUGAUUGACCUGACCCUGGAAUGCUAUGCAGACCUCUCCCUACCAGACAAAAACAAAGUCCUUUCUGGUGUCCUACAUUGCUGGGGACGAAAAGGCCUUUUGGACAGGUUGUCAGUUUAUUUGGAGGGUUUUCAGGAAGACCUCAACAUGACGUUUAACCAGCUCACGCAGAGCACGUCCGAACAGGGCCUUGCUAAAGCCGUGGCCUCUGUAGGCCGCCUGGUGAUCCAGCACCCAGAAAUCACCAUUAAGAAGAUGUGCAGCAUGGCUGUGGUUAAUCUUGGCACACACCGGUUCCUAGCUCAGAUUCUAACUGCCUUCCCUGCCCUGAGGUUCACUGAAGAGCAAGGGCCAAAUCCACCCACCACUUUCAUGGUAUCCUGCCUCAGAGAAACAGUCUGGACAAAGUUCUCUACACCCAAAGAAGAGAAGCAAUUUCUGGAGCUGGUGAGCUGCCUGAUGACUCCUGUGAAACCACAGGGGAUUCCAGUUGCUGCUCUUCUACAGCCAGAUGAGGUGUUGAAGGAGUUUGUCCUGCCGUUCUUGAUGCUGGAUGUGGAGGAGGUAGGUCUGAGUCUGAAGCUGUUCAUCCAGACUCUUGAAGCCAGUGCAGACUUGGAGGAGUAUUGGCUGCACACCUGUUCCCCAUUCCCACUGCUCUUCAGCUUGUGCCGGCUCCUGGACAGCUUUAGCAGGUACUGGCAGCUCCCCCAGGAGAAGCGGUGCCUCUCCCUGGACAGCAAGGAUCUCCUGAUCCACAUCUUGGAACUUCUGUGUGAAAUUGUGCUGGCCAACACUGAGACCUUCUCCCCAGACACCUGGGUCAAGUCCCUGUCCUGGCUCCACCGCAAGCUGGAGCAGCUGGACUGGACUGUAGGCCUGAGACUGAAGAACUUCUUUGAAGGCCAUUUCAAAUGUGACGUGCCAUCCACUCUUUUUGAGAUCUGUAAGCUUCCUGGGGCCCAGUGGACCUCGCAGGCCCAUGCAGGGUAUGGGCCAGGUACGGGGCUUCUUGCUUGGAUGGAGUGCUGCUCCAUCUCCAGCAGUGUCUCUGAACAGAUGCUCUCUCUCCUGGUGGUGGAUGUGGGCAAUCCGGAGGAGGUCAGAUUGUUCAGCAAGGGCUUUCUAGUGGCCCUGGUUCAAGUCAUGCCUUGGUGCAGCCCCCAGGAAUGGCAGUACCUUCAGCAUUUGACCAGGAAGCUAUUAGAGAAAGAGCUCUUACAUGUCCCUUACAGCCUAGAAUAUAUUCAGUUUGUUCCCCUGCUCAACCUGAAGCCCUUUGCCCAGGAGCUCCAACUCUCCAUCCUCUCUCUAAGAGCAUUCCAAUUUCUCUGCAGCCAGAGCUGUUCUAACUGGCUUCCCAUGGAUGGCUGGAGCCAUGUGGUCAAACUCCUCUGUAGCAGUCUGACCCGUGUCCUGGAUGUAGUUAGGUCGAUACAGUCGGUGAGCCCCUGGGCCCAAGGACAAGAGGGGGACCUGACCCAGGAAACCUUGUUUGUCUAUACCCAGAUGUUCUGUCACAUUCUACACAUCAUGGCCAUGCUUCCCCAGGAGGUCUGUGAGCCACUCUAUGUGUUGGCCUUGGAAAUCCUCACCUGCUAUGAAACCCUAAGCAAGACCAACUCUUCCAGCAGUUCCUUGCUCCACAAGACAGAUGAGCGACACUUCCUAAAGUCCAUUGCCAAGAACAUUAGCCCAGAGGAGCGGCGCCAGACCCUGCUACAGAAGAUCAACAACUUCUAACCUUUUGGGGAUAGAAAACAGCUGCAUCCCAACAUGGUGUUUCUGUGGGAUCUAGAGCUAAGAAGCACAAACUUCACAGUUAUCUAAGACUGUACACAUGAUGAAAGGAAUAUAUGGCAAGAGCAGUGUAAAGAAAAUAGUUUAGUAGGUAUAUGGGACAUACUGCAAUAAAAUUCUCUCUUUGGGCUUUCUU